GAGGAGGAGGGCUCCCAUUGGAAGUCAUACUGAUCAUUAGCAAGGCACAUCGGUGAUUGGUGCCCUUUAGCAUUGCGGAAGGCAGAGCUUUGGCAUGCUCAUCGACAGUCCGUCCAGUGACACGUUUCAUUGCCCCUUGUUCGCCGGUGUAAGAGGCCGAGCUGCGGCGAAGGCGAAGCACAACCAUCGAGCACCCCAUCGGGAGGGCGCCCCGCAGACGGAGAUGGCAUCGAAAGAUGUGGUCGUCAAGGCGCCGGACCAUCCAGGCUUUCGGCACARCAGCUGCUGYCGCUGCUGCGUCGCACUGUUGUUGUGGCAUGUGAGCAAGGGUUCGUGUCCCGCUGCACGUGUUGCGGCCGCAGUUGCUGGCGCAUCUGUCCCAAUGUCCGUCAGUCUUGCUGUGGUUCCUCUGAUGCUGGGUCCCUCUGCUGGGUCCCUACCUUUGCURGCCCUCCCGAUGGUGYGKCRUCGUCAAGGCGCCAGACCACCGGAUGGUCCGKCGUCGUCGAGGCGCYAGACCAWCGGAUGGUAUGCCCCCGUCGAGGCGGCAGACCAUYAGAUGGUCCGKCGUCGUCUCGGCGCCAGACCAUACAUGGUGCGACGUCACAAGCUGCAGGCAAUGGGCCAAGCYGUUUUGYGAACUGYYGUCUCUGUGAGCUCGCCAAAGACGGUGSGCAAGAGUUGUGGGGAACCGAAAACAUCUGCCCGUAUAAGCAAAAGUGGGGCCGCAUCGACACAGGCAAAGAGCGUGAGCAAAUCAGCUUGUCUGCUCCGGCCGAAGGGUGUGUCUCCGACGCAGGCACCAUCACAUGCAGAAUAUGCGGCACACGUUUCUUUGACUCCGCCUGGUGGGGCCACUGACCAUGAGGAUGACGACGAAAACACAGAGGAGGACUCGCGCUUUUUCAACUCAGACGGUGGGCGGUGGCCCGAUGGCAAUGAUGYGAAAGACACGGAAGGGGACGAAGACGAACARCGGUUCCGMGAYGGUGCACACGAUGAAGAGGGACACUUGGAGGAURGCUUCGCCRAAGGCGAUGGUAGUGAAGGCCAAGAGGAUGGUGGUCACGAAGGCGAUGGGAGUGAAGAAGAASAAAAUGAGGAAGCGAGUGACGAGGACGUCGCAGAACGGGAAGACAGCUACGAAGGGGGGAGCGAAGGAGAUGAGGGUGGGGCGGACGUAGGAACAACGUGGGACUUGCUGCGCUCAGGACGCCAUGUCGUCGCAUGUGAUGGUUCCUCAAACCUGAUGGAGUACUCCACUUUGUUUAUCGAUCGCCACGUCCACAAUCCAGAUAACAGGUGUCACUUUGAACGGUCGAAACCUCAACAUCGUGCAGACCGAGACAUGUUCCUGAAGCUCGGCAAGAAGAGGGACUCUCUGUGGAGCUAUCUUUUUUGCAUUGCACCUGCAACACCAACAGAUACAGAUUAUCUGCACCGUAAGGUGAUAGCGAUCCAGCAUCUACAAGGAUAUCACAACGCCAAACGCGGUGCAAUUGAGAUAUUUCUAGGCCGAUGUGAACACCUGUGGUUUGAAAGGAAGCGAGUCAAAAUUGAUACGAAGGUUUACUGCGAGGUAAUGGACGUUGGGGAGCAGUUUGACAUUAUGGACACUGAGGAGGAGACAGAGGAUGAGGAGAUUGACCUGCCAUUGCCGGAUGCACAUCAAAAUGCAGUGAGAGACGAAACGCCUCCGCUGUCCGCUUUGGGUGGUCAACAAGCGAUGGAGGAAGAUGUUGGCGGCACUAUCGCGAGUACCAGGCCCGAUAAUGUGAUGCGUGGAACAACGCCGAAAACAGGUGGUGCAAUGGAAGGCAGCACAUCCAAGUGCGGCAUGAAGGAAGCUACCCCARGAUUCGUUUCACUGGUGAGGAGAGUUCGCAAUGACAUAGAAGGAGCGGUGGACGRCGAGACUCAAAAUGUUGCGCGUGCAGACAAGGAAUCAGUGGACAACCCAKAUGGGAUGGACAUAGAGGAUGAUCMCCUCUUUCRCAUCCYGGRCGAYGUCCCCAAACAACUUGCACCGGGUGAUAAUAUAUCAUAUGACAUGAAGGAGAUGAAAGGAGGACCUCACUUUCUAGAAACRAAGUACAAAGAGUCAUAUGAACAYGACUGGGGGCAUCACAUCAUAUGGCAUCCAGSUCUUUUCGAGCCUUGUGUGAUWGAUGGCAGAUGGCACAUGGYUAUCCAAAGAGGUGGRAAAUSGGGGUUCAGGGAAAGAGUCCUCWGGAGCAGGUYUUAUGAAAUCGCAAAGGACAACUUGUCUACCCGCGUGAAGCAGGCAAACAGAGAGGCGCCAGACCAMAAAAUAUCRGACAAAGUGAACUCGUUAUUCRAAUUCCUGCGUGAAAAUYACCUUCUCGAGUAUUGCGCUGCRUUCUACGACAARAAAUCGAGUCCAUCGUAUGAAGCYGUCAUAUGGUCUUUGGACUACCGUGCAACGGACUGUAUGUACGACAACGACAUACUUGUGGGAUGCAGUCAAGGCCUUGAGGGACACACGKGUGCAAGGAAGAAGAUCAAUUCAGCAGMAGCAGGAGGUGGUGGCGAGAGUGUGGCAGACAAGGAAGGGCAUCUCAGGAUGCAAAACGCAAUGGGAGACGAGUUCAGUGAGYRGCCAUCGAGCACACCGCAACCAACACUUACACCRUCKGAUGGCAUCASUGCAGUGGGAGCCAGGAGUGSGACAACACCAACAGCAGGCGGGGAAGUUGUUGGCGAUGACGGGAAGGACGAAAAGAUUGAAGAGGACCAGCRACAAAAAGCAUCAGACGAAGAAGGGCCAAAAUUCCAGGCACAUGAGGUAGUGAAGGCGGUGGCAGGGAAUGUYGAUUCGCAUUCCAAGMAGUCACAAGGAACACACGAUACRACUGUCAUCACUGCACAGGCGCAAGGUACCGACGAAGACACCAGGGAGCAAAGUKCACAUGAGAAAGAUGGGGGGGAAGGACAAGUGCUUAUGGAAUGCACUGGUSCARGAACGCAAAUAGUUUCRGAGUCAACAAUGGGAGAAAGGAGAGCUGACGUGGAGRRUGUCAGUGCGGCAGAGCAUGAAAAAGAGUMAGAGUGACAGACGCCGGAAAACAAGAUGGCGCAAUGGUUGUCGCCCCCUGUCUACUCUAGUGGUCCGGAGAUGCCUAUAGACGUAGGGGAAGGGGUAUCUGUUGUUCUCCGAGAAGAAGAAACAUGGAAAGACCUGGAGCCAGCCUACGAAACUGUGAUGCUGGACGAAAAGGACGCGUUCCUCUGGAUAGAGACGGUUUGGACCAAGGUUAGCUUGACGAGACUUUCACCAAGCUUAAUGGACCUAGAGUUCCGGGGGACGGUGGAAACCCGAUGGUGGGUCUACCUAUCCCAGGACCUGGAAAACGAAGUGGUAAUAGGGCUGGUCCUGGGCACGGCACCGAGUCAAUUGUUUAGGCAAGCGGAACGGGAAGUGGUGUGGGCGGCAUGCCAGCGGGCAGAAAUGGAAAUUGAUAAGAUAGAGAUCCCCCACACCGAAAUGUCCCAAGAGGGAUCCGUUYAGACCCCAGUUGARGGUCAGAAUGUUGAGCAGCUCCCUGACCCUCGUACCAGGGCCCRAGUUGAGCAGAGACGACAACUGUUGUCUGGCCGGCUCAAUCUUCUGGCCACCGWGCUGCACGAUGCCGGAGCAGAUGUUGAGUCCCAUGUGCGGGCCCAGUUUGAUCUGCGGAAAGCCCAGGCAGACCUGGACGCAGCUCAGACUGGCACCGACUUACUGAGGAUCCAGGAGUUCAUUAUCCAGUGUCGUAAAGCACUGGAUGCGUACAUCUGUCAGCAGUUCGAAGACAUAGUAAAUGGCAGAAAUGUCAAAAAUGAGGUGGUGGUCACAGAGCAAACAAUUGAUGAGAAUAUUCGCCAGCUGGAAGAAACUCUUGAAAAAGAGAAAACCCACAAGGCAGAAAUGAUAAAGAAAAAAGAGCAACAUGAACAACAAGCAAAACGAGAACAAGAAGUCAGACAGCAUGUGGUAAUUGUGGAACGGGCAGAACAGGUUGUGGCACUGAACCAUCUGGUUGAGUACCUUGCUCACUUAGAGACAAGGCUCGACCGUUUUGAAGCAAAGAUUGAAGAAUUGACCGUGGGUCUGACGAAUUUGACUAACCUAGUGAAGGGAAAGGAAAAAGAGGUUCAGAAGGAACAACCUAAGGGAAAAUUGAUGGAUGAUGCAAUGAAAGAUCUUCAGGUGGAGACCUACGUCGGGACGACCCCAGUUGAAGAAGAGUCACAGGUCGCCUUCUCCACAUCAUGUCUUGGAGGGGAGGCGAAAGAGUGGGUCCUGGCCGAAACCAACGCGGCAGGAUUCGACGACAUCGGUAAGUGGGCCGGAACGAUGACCUUGAAGCAGUUCCUGGAUAAGAUCCGGGAACGCUUCCUUGACAAGACGACCGCCGAUAAGGCCUUUGACCAGCUCACAACCGUAGGUCAGAAACAUUGGACGUCUGUAGAGGCGUUAUCCCGCGAGGUCGAUCGAUUACUGCAAGUACCGGAUCUAAAUCUGCAGGAUGAUCAGCAAAACGCCGGAGGAUCACGGGAAACACUUGCGUCUCGUCUUGGUGGCAGACAACGACAUGCUGCACGGGCUACCAGUAUUGCGGCCCCGGCCACAACUGAUCGUGGUCCGUCGGACCACCCUUGGUUGCUGCCUCCACCGUCACGAGUGGCACAGGGUGUGGCCGCUGACCACAUUGCUACGACGGGCAGACCAGAGCCUUCACGCGUGGCUGCAGAUGCUCGACAGCCUGCUUCCCUAAGUUYCCUUCCUYGAGUUGGGGAACAGGCAAUGCCCGGAUUGGGUGCUUCUGAGCUYCCCAUUCCRGUGUCUGAUUCGUCGCCAACCCCACUUCCACCGACGACAGAUGCUGCUGCAGCUGCUCCACCUGUACUUACCGGUUCAUUGGAUCCUUUGUACCGCAUGMGCGACAUUGCAGCGGCCYAGAGCGCGGCACCUGAGAGUCCUGGUGGGUUGUUGGAYGUCGRGAUCCUUGGCGGGCGAGCCACGACGGGACGUGGYCGUGGCACCUUUCGCCAACAGGCCGUCACGUCGUAUUAUUCGGACACUUUGGAGCAYGCGUGGCAUUUGCAGAUCAUGCGCUUCAUCAUCGAGAGUGGGAUGGAGUUCAACUGCGUUAAGCUUGAAAGCUUCAAACGCAUGUUCGCGAUGAUCAUCCCGCCGGGGGUUCCAGGGGCGCCCACGCCCAAAGUACCCACGUACCACAUGGUGCGCACAUCCCUUUUGGAUGAGUUGGAUGCAGAGGCCCAAAAGUGUGUUCGGCCACUCCUUGACACGGCGAGAGACUUUGUUUGCACAAUCAUGACCGACGGUUGGACCAACAUUAGGGGUCAGACAUUGUGCAACUACCUUGUUGGGACAAAUUUGGGGGUAGCUUAUGUGGCCACCGACGUCAUGCACGGAAAAAAGGGCGCCACUGCCCUUGUGACCGCAUGGCUGAAGAGGGUAAAGUCCAUGGACGUGGACUUGAGCGACAUCACAGCGUUCGUGAUGGACUCCGCCGGGGUAAACGUUGCAGCGAUGGAGGUUUUCCAGAAGGACGAGAGCGUCAAACACAUCUUCUGGAUUCCAUGCGUCACUCAUGUGAUGGACCUCAUUCUCGAGGACAUCGGCGGGAUUGAUUGGGUGGCCACCCGCAUCGCGCAGGCGAGGUUGGUGACGAGGUUCUUCAAGCGCCAUGGCCACGCACGAGAGGUUUUGAAGUUCUUCUCGACGAAGACCCUUUUCCUGCCGGCGGAGACUCGAUUCGGCACUAACGUCAUCAUGAUGACGAGGCUUGUGGACCUGCGGGGAGAGUUCACCCAGCUUGUUGGCAACGACCGGUGGCGUGAGACUGUCUCGUCGACAAGCAAGAUCCGCAACGACGCCGCAGAGGACGCUAUUUUGGAGGUGUUCGACAGGCGGCGCACCAUUUUCCGGACACCCGCCCACACAGCAGCCAUGUUGCUGGAUCUCGAGUUCCGAGACCCGACGCUGAAUGACGACGAGGAGGUGCGACAGGGAUUGAUCGAAGCCCUGGUCCAGUUCGGCUAUCCAGAGGGAUCGGUGCAGCAGGAGGAGGUCCUUGGGGCGGUAUUCAAGUUCCAUACAAAGGAGCCUCCUUUCGAUGAUGUCAACAUGAGGCGAUCGUUGGCAUGCUACAGCCACCCUGCCAAUUUUUGGUCCGCGAAGAGUGCGAAGUACCCUCACACGGACAUCUUUGCUGUUAGGAUCCUUUGCAUCUGGGCGACUGCAUCACCAUGCGAGAAAGCAUGGUCUCGAUGGAGCUUCAUUCAUUCGAAAUCACACAACAGGUUGGAGGUUGCUCGGGCCGAGAAGCUCGUGCGGUGCCACUGGAACCUCAGGCUCAUUGAUAGACCGUCAUUGUGUGACGAUGCUCCUGCUGACAGACCCAAUUUUUCCGGGAAUUGGGUGCAUUACUGGCAGGCGGUGGAGGAGGAGGUGGCAGUGGACCAGCAGCUCGUCAGAGGUAGUGGUGCACUGGCGAGGGUGACCGAGGAGGAGUUGGCUCACGCCAGAGAGAGGAUGCGGAUCGUUUCCCGCAUGGGAGCCAUGYGYCGGGUGGCRGAGUCCGACAGGAGGCGACGYAGGGGYGGAGCAGGUGGACGUGGSAGGCGUGGGCGAGCAGGUGUCGGAGGGAYGAGGCGUGGUGGCAGGACUGCUGCAUCUGGUACUCRUCGACAGCGGGCGGAUGGUUUCAUCCGCAAGGCCCGCCARCGUUGGGACGAGGGAGACUUCUUGUUCGACAGCUCAUCCAGCGACGACGAGGAUUUCUUUGCAUUGGGGACGCCCGCGCCUACGGACGAUGAGAGAGGCGACGACGACGACAGAGGUGAUGGCGGAGGUGGUGGCGGAGGAGGUGGCGGAGGAGGUGGCGGAGGAGGUGGCAGAAGAGGUGGUGGCGGCCGAGGAGGUGGCGGAGGCGACGACAUCGGUGCCAGAAGAGGAGGCGGAGGAGGUGGCGGAGGAGGUGGCGGAGGAGGUGGCGGAGGCGACGACAGAGGCGACGACAGAGGUGCCGGAGGAGGUGGCGGAGGAGGUGGCGGAGGACGUGGCGGAGGCGGCGACAUAGGUGUCGGAGGAGGAGGCGGAGGAGGUGGCGGAGGAGGUGGCGGAGGAGGUGGUGGAGUAGGUGGCGGAGGCGAUGACUGUGGUGCCGGAGGAGGUGGCGGCGACGAGGGAGAUGACAACAGAGGUCACAGAGGAGGUAGCGGCGACGCGGGAGGUGACGACAGAGUUGAGGGGUGUGAGGGUGACUUUCCUGUGUGUGGUCGUGGGUUCUUCUUGAAGCGGUUGAGACACGGUCCCAGGCAGGAGAACAGCAUCAACUCUCGUGUGCGCAGGCGUCGUCUUGAAACUCUUCACGAUGCGACCGCCACGGACGCACGUGUUGCGCAGCACAAGCAGGUUCUCGUGUCUGAGGACUCCCUAGGCGACACAUCGGACAAGGACUUCAUUCCUCAGACUUCCGACGUGAGCGGCGUUGAGCAUCAACCCGAUUUCGUCGAGGGUCCGACCAAGUCUGCAGCGACGAUUUCAGCACAGGAGGAGAGCGGAGCAGGGUUGACUUGUCCCGAGCUUGCGGCGCCCAUUGCAGAUACUGCGGUCGCACAAAAGUCCCAUCGCCAUCUGACACAACCCACGGUUGCGGUUCAUGCGCAAGCUCGAGGAGUGGCAGCCAGUGAUAGGCAGACAAUUCCCGACGGUGAAGGGAAUGUGCCACCUCCUUCCACCGUCGCCUGCACGGGCGCCCAUGGGGCACCCAGCAUUGCGGUCCCCUCCAUAGGCGAGGUAGCACAUCCUCCCACGGUUGACAUUGGUUUGGAGGACGGAGAGGUUGCACGUACUCCCAGUUGUGCCCAUGAGGGAGAGGUUACACGUCCUGCCACGGUCAACCACGUUGGCCUCGCCUGCCCCGCUGACAGUCUUCCGCCCACUCCGGAGUUGCUCGCCAUGGAGUCGGCGUUGUUUGAUCUUCCUGAUGUAUCGACUUUGAUUUCUCCCACUUUAGCAUUUGUGGCACCACCAGCGACUGGUCGAGCGGAUGAAAAGGAUGGAGUGCGUAGAGGAUUCGACGAGUUCGCCGGCAACACGAUAUUGCAUCCUACAGUCUCCUCCACUCCCGCCGUUUUUCAUGUUGGGGCACUGCACGCGGUGGACCAGGGUUUGGCGCAGCAGGUGGCACGGAACCGCCCUGGCGGCCCUCGCGUCGCGGCGCAACGCAGUUUGGGAGAUUCAUUUAAGAGAUUGGAUGCAGAGUAUGCGGCGCAGGAGGGUCAUUGUGCAGAGGAUUCCGCACGCGAUGGGUCAUCAUUCAUGGCAGUCUCUCAGGAAGACCCGCACCCAGGCCCGCCACGUUCGGUGCAGGAGACGGCUCCCGACGUUGUCGCCGCGGACGUGGAUGAGGAAAUGCGCAGGGAUGGUACCGUGCACAUUGCAGCGCAACGCAGUCUGGCACGGACAUUGACCACAGAUGGUAGCGUGCCUGCUCGCAGCACUGGGUCGCACUACGAGAAUAGAGGGUCAUCGGCCGCACAGUAUGUCGCUGAGGGGGCCAUCGCACGUGGUGUCGAAGGCGAGCAUAGGUGUCACGCGCCUUCSCACCCCCAUGGYGCAKACCCUGUCGUCCACGGUGUSGCGGCGAGCACCGCAUUGCCSACGGUGUCGUUCUACGACGGCGUGACGAGGGACCGGAGGGCAGGCGAUGAGGGACAUGCAUCAGCAUGCGGACUGACAGAUGUGCGUGCGGGGAUGCGAUCCAUAGGCCGCGUCRAUGGUGGUUGUCACRACUCCAUGAGAGCAUACGAGGAGCGACAUGGGAGGCCUUUGMGGGCCAAGACAACGGAUGUCCAYGACACGAGGACGGCGACCGCGAGGUUAUCCCGGGCGAGGAAGAAGGGGACAGGUGCAUCGAUUCCAUAUCACCGUCGCCGUCCACCACCGACUUUUYACGCCAGAGCUCCGACCACACAGAUUCCGGCGACUGGCGGGGCAGUGGCGGAUGGGGGGACAGUCCAAUGUCGUUCAGGGCAAGUUGAGAGGAGACGAGGCGGUGUGGUGAUUUACCAUGAUGACAGCUCCACAGCCGCGGAGGCUGGCGAGACCACAGGCGCCGACGAUCCAGGUGACUCCGAUUAUGUGCCCCGGCGCCAGGCGGCGGAUGGAGAUGAUGGUGGAGGUCGGCGCGUGGUGGCGGCAGGUGGCGGGCAUUCGUUUUCCAGUACGAAGGGCGCGAUGGAGGGUGGCGGCGAGGGUCGUCGUGCCGUGUUUUCGACGACAGAGAAGACARCGGUCGGGGCGGCUGCGCUCGCCRUGGUGAUCCGCAGGCAAGUCGAGAGGGCGGYWGGGCGCAUGAAGGUAGGGUCUCUAUGGAACAAGUACAAGGGUGAGUACGCCCUUUGUUCAUAUGUCAAGGGGCUCAGCCCCGGGUUGAUCCCUCUUCGGCUAAAUAGGUGUCCGUCUCGAUGUCCAGCCUUCUCCCACGCGCUAUUCCAUCCUCGGUGCCUCUUCACAGGUCGCCAUAUUCUUAGACCGCAAGGGCAGGGAGGUGGGUGCGCCGCAUCAACUGACAAGGAGGCGUGGCAGGGCGACAGGCAGGCGGACGAGGAGGAGUGAGGAGGAGGAGGAGGAGGAGGAGGAGGAGGACGAGGAGGGGGAGGAAAAGAGGCAGACUCGGAAGGAGGAGGGGGAGGAGGGGGUGGGAAAAAGGGGAGACUCGGAAGGAGGAGGAGGGAGGAGGAGGGAGGAGGAGGCAAAAGGUGGAACGACAAGUGUCGAAGCCUGGGUGCCAACUGUGGAAAUCCGAAAGACGAGGACGAGAGAGGAGUUUUUGACUGCCUGCCACAUGUAAGGGCGGUGAGGAGUGCCAGGGUGAGCAUAUCGCGGAGCCGAGCAGCAGUUGCCCAGCGUCUGAAUCAUAGGAGAGAAGGAAGAGCAGGGCCUUCAGAAGGAUCAAGCAAGUUGUAAUGGGYGCUCGGGUGUGUMGACAACCAUUGGACGACCACAGCGAUUCCAUCCUAGGAGGAGGGAAAGAGCCAGCUGCCAUGGGGAUGCCGGGGGUCUACCAUGAUCAUCAUAAUGGUUCCAAUGAGGGGAUGGUUACCCCUCUGCUUGCAGGAGACGACCUCUCCCUCCCAAUGGAUGGAGAUCAUGGCUGGUUCAACGGGAAGGAAUUUGUGGCAGAGUCGAAGCGGUUGUUCGAUUUGACUUUACCCUCCGUAGGGAUGUAUGCUUUCCAAGCUCUCUUGGCUACCGUGUCGUUGGCCUUUGUCGGGCACCUGGGUGCUGUAGAACUUGCRAGUGCUGCCAUUUCGGUGACUGUCACGAAUGCUUGUGGUCGCUAUGUGUUGCUGGGACUAUCCAGCGGCAUGGAGACACUGUGCGGGCAGGCCUUUGGUGCAGGGCAGCUUCUGCAGCUAGGGGAGAUCCUCCAACUAGGCAUCAUCAUACUCAACCUCAGCUGUGUCCCUUUGAUCGCCAUUCUGUGGCACACGGAGGCCGUCCUCCUGCUUUGCCACCAGCACGUGGAUGUAGCUCACAACGCUGCAGUGUUCGUCAAGUACAUGAUUCCUGGCAUAAUUGUACAGGCAUGGUCGUGUCCAGUGGAGAAGUUUCUCCAAGCGCAAGGACUCGUUGUCCCUCUGACUGUUGCCUCCGGUGYGGCUUUCCUCGUCCAUGUUCCUUUUAGCUGGUUUCUGGUGUUCAAGGCAGGGCUGGGAUUGAUCGGGGCCGCCAUCGCCAUCUCGGUUUCCUAUGCAAUCUACCUCUUCGGCCUCCUACUGUGGAUUUGGCACUUCAGGCUGCACGAGAAAACCUGGCACGGAUGGUCCUUGCAGUGUUUCCAAAGAUGGGGGAAGUACAUGCGCCUCUCGCUUCCUGCGUGCGUUAUGCUCUGCAUUGAGUGGUGGUCCUUUGAACUGACGACCAUCGUUGCCGGUCUUCUUCCAAAUCCAGCGAUAGAGGUUGGUGCAUUCAGCAUCUGUCUC